AUGACUGAAGUCUGUCCUAUGUCACCUGCUUCUUCCAUUGCCAGCAGAAGAAGAUAUCGGUUUGCAACUGAGGUAGUCACAGUUGAUAGCCCAGAUGAUCCGCAUAAUGCUGCUUCCGUUCCAAUCUACCAAACAGCCACAUUCAAGCAGAAAGGUGCCAAUGCAACUGGAGAAUACGAUUAUUCUCGUAGUGGUAAUCCCACUCGUACUCAUGUUGAAAACCAUUUAGCAAAGAUAAUGGGAGCCGAACGUGCCUUGGUAGUGACAAGCGGUAUGGGCGCAUUAGAUGUCAUUACCCGCCUUGUUCGAGCAGGCGAAGAAAUCAUUGCCGGUGAUGACCUCUACGGUGGUACCAAUCGACUUUUAAGCUUCUUAAACAAGAGUCAAAACAUAAAGACACACCAUAUCGAUACUACGCAAUCCGACACAAUCAUUCCCUAUCUUUCUGACAAAACUCGUCUGGUGUUGCUAGAGAGCCCAACAAACCCCUUGAUCAAGAUUAGUGAUAUUCGCACUAUUUCAAAGCACGUUCAUGAGCGUUGUCCAAAUGCACUAGUUGUGGUCGAUAAUACAAUGAUGAGUCCUUACUUGCAGCGUCCACUGGAAUUGGGAGCUGAUAUCUCCUACCACUCUGGCACUAAAUACUUAUCAGGCCAUCAUGACCUUAUGGCUGGUGUUAUUGGUUGUAAAACAGCUAGCAUUGCAGAUGAACUCUAUUAUGUCAUUAAUGCCACUGGAUGUGGGCUUGGUCCAUUUGAUUCUUGGCUUUUGUUACGUGGUGUCAAAACUCUUGCGGUUCGUAUGGACAGACAACAAUCUAGUUGCAUUCGUAUCGCAGAAUAUCUGGAAUCAUUAGGAUUCAAAGUUCACUUCCCCGGCUUGCGAUCUCAUCCACAAUACGAACUACAUCAAUCACAAUCUUCUGGACCAGGAGCCGUGCUCAGUUUUGAAACAGGAGAUAUCGGUUUAUCAGAAAGAAUUGUAGAAGCAACAAAACUGUGGAGUAUUAGUGUAUCCUUUGGAUGCGUCAACUCUUUAAUUAGUAUGCCCUGUAGAAUGUCUCAUGCCUCUAUCCCUGCUCACAUUCGUGCAGAAAGAGCAUUGCCCGAAGACCUGAUUCGUUUAUGUGUGGGCAUUGAAGAUCCCGAUGAUCUCAUCGAAGACUUGGAACAAGCUUUGUUUAUCGCAGGCGGAUUGCCUAGAAAAUAA